AAGUGUAUUCUACCAAUUCGAUCAAUCCUCUCCUACUUGUUCUGUUAUUUCAAUAAUAUCCUUGAAUUUUGAAUUCUUAGGUGUCUGGUAAUCCUUAACUAAGAUAUGGCUUCGUUAGAUGGUAAACUCGAGACAGAAGUAGAGAUAAGCUCAGGUGCUGAUAAGUUUUACAAAAUUUUCACAAGCCAAAUGCACCUUCUUCCCAACGUCUCCUCUGACAAAAUACAAGGCGUUGAGCUUCAUGAAGGUGAUUGGGAGACUGUGGGUUCUGUCAAGCACUGGGAUUAUACCUUGGAUGGAAGCGUGUUAAGUUUAAAGGAGACUGUUGAGGCGAUCGAUGAAGAAAAUAAGUCGGUGACGUUCAACGUUGUGGAUGGGGAAAUCCUGAAGCAUUACAAGAGCUUCAAGGUGACGCUUAAAGUAACAGAGAAGAGCGGAGGAGGAGGCAGUUUGGUAAAGUGGAUUCUGGACUAUGAGAAGGUGAGCGAGGAAAUCCCUGCUCCACAGUCUUAUCAAGAUUUUGCUGUCAAGGUCACCGAAGAUCUUGAAGCUCAUCUUCUCACUGCAUGAGUCGUCCAUGACGAUCAGCAUACCUACAUAUAUGCGUUAUGCGUAUUAGGUAUAUAUUUGAGUACUGAGCUGCUUGUUUUAAUGUUUUCUUUUCCUGGCCUCUUCACUUGAAGGUAAAAAAGCUCGUCUUUUGUCAAUGUCCAUUGAGCAAGAAUUUAUUUAUAGUUUUCUUUGUGCAUAUAUGAAUUUGGAGUUGGCUUCUAGCUGAAAAGUCUACUGGGACUUUUAGAUUUCGCAGUGUUUUGCCUAUCUGUUUUUAUGUUUUGUUUUUUUAGCGUUGGUCCUGGGAAUUGUAAUGAUAUAAUACUAUUGUCAGUCUAAUGAUAUUGUAUCGGUGGUGUCGA